AUGUAUGAGGUGGCAAUUAUUUUCAAUGAAAGAAUAUCACAAGAUUUACUUAAAUCCAUUAGCAAAUUGCUAAAUGACCUAGGAUUUACAUUGACUGUGAUCACUCAAAACACAUCAAUAGUCAUGAUGCUUUAUUUAAGAAAUGUAACACAAUAUCAAUAAAUUAGAAUGAUCUACUUUUAUAGACUCUCUCAGAUCUGCAUGUUGAAUUACCUAAAUAUUCCAAGAAAUCCCAUUAGGGAUCUUUAAUUGCGUAAAAUAGAAAGAAAUUUGAAAAGUAUCGUCUAUUCAUUCGAAUACGAGAAUUCCUAGAUCAUAACAUUAAAGAAAUUGAAUAGUAUUCGAAAUUCAAGCACGAUUAAAAGGAAAAGUUCUACAACUCCAACAAUAAAUUGGAGAUUGAUUCUUAUCUUAGAGAAAUAGUUAUUUAUUAGAUUUUAGCUACAAUAAAGAAUACUGCUGAAAUCAAUCCAGAUAGCAGUGGAGAGUAAUUUCUAUUCGUUGGCUUAAAAUAGUAAGGACUGUUAUUAGAUAUUUGUCCAAUGAGAACAUUUAGACAUAGCACUUAUAAGGAAUUAAAAUAAUGUUUGUCAUUGAAUGUUAAUGUGUUAGAUUAUUUAGUUGUGAGAAUCAGAUCAUAGAUGGGUGAGCAAAUUGCAUUUUAUUUUGGUUUUCUUCUUUAUCUAAUCAAGAACAUGUUGAUAUUGGUUGUUUUUGGUAUGAUCACAUAUUCUUUGGAUGAAUAUUUUGGUUAUGAUGUUACCAAAUCCCCAUUUGAACCUUUGUAUGCUGCUUUAACGGUGUUGUGGGCUGCAUACUUUGUAAGUUAAUGGAACUAGAAAUAAAAAGAAUAUCAAGUAAAAUGGAGAAGUCAGGGUAAGAACUAUGAUUAUAUGUCAUCUAAAAUUGAGCUGUCGUUAUUAAAAUGUCUUAAACAUAAAAAACAUUUUGCUAUCUAAGAAUCAGUCAAGAAAAUUAUAUAUUCGAAUGAAGUGGACCCUGUAACUGGAUUGAAGGUCUAAAUAAAGUAAAACAUCUUAUCAAUAUAUUUCAACUCCAUUAUUCGGAUUAUUGGGUAUGUGAUUGCUUUGGUUGUAUUCCUUAUAGUUUCUUUGAAUAUGAGAGGGUAUGUAGAUUCAAAAUAAUAAUUCUAUAUUGAAUAGAUUUAGAUUCCUUAUUGCAAGAAUAUUUAUGUAUCAUACUUACUAGCUAUUAUCCAUGUGGUAGUGGUCAAUUACUUAAAUAGUAAGUACAAAUAAGUGUCCAUUACUACCUCAUUAUCUGAAGAUCACAAGUGUCUAUAAACCUUUGAGAGAUCUCUCAUCAUAAAAAGAUUUACAUUUGAGAUAUUUUCUGCCUUUUUCGAUUUCUUCUAUAUAGGAUUCGUGAAUGAUGAUAUCAAUUAAUUGAAACAAGAGAUGAUUCAAAUGUUUAUGGUGGAUGAAUUAAGAAGAAUAUUGACUGAAACCAUCCUACCUUCCAUUUCCAAAUUAAGAUUGAUUAGAUAUGAAAAAUCUAUCGUAAAAUAAUUGCCAGAAUAACAACAAGAUACAAUAUGCUAAGAAUUUCAAUUGAAAAAUCAUGAGAUGCAAUAAGUUCUGUAGAGUCAAUUAAUCUCAUGCUUUCUACCAAAGUAUGAAUCAUUUGAUGAUUAUUUGGAAAUUAUUCUUAAUUUUGGUUAUGUAUGCUUUUUCACAUCAGCUGUUAGAAUGGCUGGAAUUGUAGUUACAACAUUUUUGUUUAUUGAAUUCUUUUCAGAUUAUUAUAAGAUCUACCAUCUUUAUUAGAAACCUUUCGCAGUUAAAUCUAAUUCUAUUGGUCCCUGGACCAAAGCUAUGGAUAUUAUAUGUGUUGUGAGUGUCUUUACAAAUCUGAUGUUGUUUUCUGUGGCAAGUGAUUAAAUUGUCAAAUUCUUUCCUAAUUUAUUUGAAGAAACAAACACUCAACCCCAAAUAACCUAAUCUCAGUAUGAUGAAAUAGAGGAUAAUGAAAUUAAAAUCAUGGUUACAUCCUGUGGAUUAUUAACUGCAAGACCACUUCCAAAUAAGUCAUCCUAAGCCACUUUAGUAGUUAUAUUACUAGAACACAUUUUGUUAAUUUUGAUAUACCUCAUUAAGAAAGUCAUAAGUCUUCGUUAAACAUGGGUUGACAUCUAUUUGAAAAGAUAAGAAUACAAAAGAUCUUUAAAAGAAUGA